UACCGGCACCGCUACUUGUGGGUCUCGAUCUAAAGCGUACCAUGAUAAUGGAUCCAAUGCGGGAAUCAAGCCGCCCUCCUCUUUCAAGCCAGCCAUUCUCCGAACCGUCCUUUGAAAACAAUGGGAACGUGCCCUCAUUUUUUUGGCUCGACUGCUUGGCGGCACUUUCCAAAACAAGAAGAGUGUGCAGUCGGCCAUUGAUACAGUUACUAUUAGCCAUUCAUCAUCACGAGUAUUGACCAUGGAAGAACAACGAAAUAAACGAAUGGGAUCUGGUCGAGUCUUCUGGGUCACAGGCUUUGGUUUGUUGUCGUUGGCACUACUAGUAGUUCUCGCUGGUCGAUCCUUUUCUGCGACAGCCUCCUCCACUACUACUACUUUUGGUAGUAGUGAAAGUACGGUUUCUGGGGUGCGUCGACGAGACGACAGACAACUGUUGGAGAUUUUCCCCGUUGGACGAGAUCCUAGUGUUCCUCUUGGUUUGUGCGAGGGAGACUGCGAUGACGAUGGUGGUUGCAUACCAGGAUUGAUCUGUUUCCAGAGAAGAGACGCCGAGCCUGUGCCUGGCUGUACGUUUCCUGCCGACGGAAACCGAUUCCGAAGCAUGGAUAUCUGCAUCCUGGAUCCUCAAAUCACGGGCAAUAAUACGCCACCUCCAACCAUAAUUCCAAUCACCCAGUCUCCCACCUUUGUCGGUUUGCCUCCCAUGGCAGCUCCAACUGUUCAGGAAAACACCAAUUUUAAUGACCUUGAGAGCAUUCACGACAUUCCAACCCCCACGGAUCCUCCUUCUAUCAUUGCCACCACCACCAACAGCAAUCAGAAGGAGGAGGACUUCAAUUUUGACUCGGACACUACUCCCAACCCAACUCCAAAACCGCAGCUCAACAUCAUCAAUGCACCGCAACCCACCAGGAGUCCCACAGAAGAUCCAACACUCACACCCACCUAUCCCCCCGAACCAACACCAUGGCCUACUGCUACUAGUACUGUUGUGGAUACCCCACAACCCACCAAUCUCCCCCAACCAAGUCCAUGGCCGACUGUUGUGGAUACUCCACAACCCACACGGCUGCGACCCACUCCACAACCCCAAGUCACAUUUUCUCCCACACCCAAUGGCACCAAUUCUUGGGCUCAAACCUACGGCAUGACGGAACCCUUUCAAUUUGUCGGUCCACCUCCAUUGUUACCGCCCAUUGAACCCGGUCUGGAAUGGCUCUGGACACCGGAAUAUACCCAACCACGACCGUUGGAACAAGUUGGCAACAAUUUCAAUCCUCCCGAAGCAUUUCCACUCGGUCCUUGUCAAGCCGACUGCGAUUCCAGUAGCGAUUGUGCGGGACCAUUGCGCUGUUAUCGACGCGAUGCGGGAGGAGCACCCGUCCCGGGAUGUUUGGGGAAUGAUCCGUCCGGAGACGAUUACUGUGUGUGGCCGCUCAAUUACCAAAAUGGCAUGCCCAUCCCCUACGAUUGGGUCAAUGAAGGAUUUGCACUCAAAGUGUACUGGGAAGAAGGAUACAACUGGCAGAAUGAAACUAUUGAACGGUAUUGGUGCAUGACUCGUGACUACGAAGGAAGCCCCAUUACGGGACGUUGUUGGAUGGGCACGGAGGAAAUGGAUUGCGAUCCCAAAGAACUCUAUGUGGGUGGGUGCAGCCGGGAAAAUCCAAGACAACGAUUCCGAUUUCUGCCCGUCUCGAGUGACGAAGUUUUGGUCGAAGCCUUCCACGAAGGACGGUGUCUGCAACGGACCAAUCUACGCAUUACCUUGGAGACCUGUGACGAAACAUUGCAUACGCAGCGCUGGUUUUCCAUUCGUGGUGGCUUUAACGAACGACGAUUUGAACUGAGUCAAAAGACGCAAUCGCAGAGAUGUGUCAAUCAAGACCACCACCCCAAGCCAGGAGAGGUCUUUCGUAUGCAUGCUUGUGAAAAGACAAGGAGAAAGACGCACUUGACGUCGUGGUUUGAGUUGUACGAGCUCCCCGCAGUUUGAUGAUUGAAUCAAUCAUUCGAGGGGUUGUAUGGUACCGUACCGGUAGUGAACAUGUCAGGUCAGGUCAGGUUAGGUUGUGACGUUAAGAACGAUUGGAGGAGGAACCCACCAGAAUCAAAAUGGCGCAUUUCUCAUCAUUGGGUAUUACCUGGACAACCAGAGGUAACUGCCGCCUCAAUUGCCUGCAGAUUCGAAUUCGUCCCACUAUAGAGCGAUCUGUGGGGUGACAACUCUUUCUCAGAUGAGGAUGUACAAAGCAGACCGGGAACAGCUCUUUGACUUACUUUUAUGUUUUAGUAAAGUUGAAUGGUUUUUAGUAGGCAUUAUCUACUGU